UUGCUUUGUUGUAAUUCAUUGGGUAACUGGUUACCCAAGCUUUGUAACUGUUUUGUGUUGAUGAUGGUAACCAGUUACCCUUGUGUAAUAAAGUUUUCUUGAUUGUUAUAGUAGAUUGGUUGCUAUAUAUAUCAUCUUAUAAGCAUGUAUUUUUUUAUUAUGCAAUAUAUUGAUGUGAUGAUGUAUUACUUGAGGAGAAAGGUUAUAUUGUCUAAAGAUUUGAAGAGGAGAGUAUCUACGACUGACACUUGUUUUGGGCAAAACAUAGUGUUUAUGUAUGAAGAUUUUAAGAAAAAAGGUAGUGGUGAAUUUAAAGUAAAUGAGAGAUGUGUUGCUUUGAAGAUAAUGAAGGGAGAAUCCAUGUUUUGUGCAACUCAUUGGAAUUUGCUUGAUGAUGUUGUCAUGCCUAUUAAUGUGAAGGCUUUUAUGCACUGGAUUGUGUUGCACUUUAAUAUACAGCAGAGAUCACUUACGGUGUAUGAUUCAAUGUCUGGUGCAAAGCAUGAAAAUCAAACUUUACCUGUCAUUGAGUCAUUUGUUGUUUUGAUUCCUCUUUUAUUGGAGAAGAUUGGUUUCUAUGAUCAUCAAGAUAUUAAUAUUGAUGUUAGUCCGUAUGAUGUGGCAGAGAAUGAGGCUUUGAAGUUGAGCAUUGCUACAGGCAUUCCUCAAAAAAUUGAUUGCGAUUGUGGGAUGUUUUCUAUUUAUUUUGCCAAGCAAAUAAUACUUGGGAAGGAGAAUGAGAUGCCUAAACAUAUUGAUGUUCGUCUCCUUCGCGAAGACAUUGCUAUCAGCUUGUACUAUCAUGGAAAGAACAAAGAACUUGAGGGAUACUUAACUAGCGAUGAGUUCAAUGAAAAGCUUUUGGAGAGGAGACAGAAGAGAAUGAAAAUUGUUGCAUAGGCUUUUAGUGAUAUUAUGUUUCUUUUGCUUUUUUAUUUUGCUACAAGAGUAAUUAAAUGAUGGAUCAAUUUCUAGUUUUACAAUUAGU